AUAUCUACUCUCCACCGGUCCGCGCAACGAGACGAACCUGAGAAAAACGCCACCAGACCGACAUGGAGUCUAAACCCGCUCCUCUCGCCGUCUGCUUGGCUGUGGUUUCCGUGUUCAUCGCCCAACAUGGACGGGUUAGAGGACAACUCCCCCCACCUGUGUGUCAGACCUGGAACUCAACAAUUGUCGUGUGUAAAAGGGACUGGGCGGAUUCAACCCGCGCGCCUCUAAACCAAGUACCUCCCGGCAUCCCCGAGUCUGUCAUCACGGUGGAUCUCAGUGUAAACAACAUAACUAUACUGUAUAACGGCUCGUUUAGUGGGUUAAGAAACCUGAAAUCCUUAGACCUGUCUGGUAAUCCUAUACAGACUAUCGAAGUCGGUGCGUUCGCUGGGUUGGAGAAUUUAGAACGUCUUGAACUAAUAGCACUUGGCAAGUAUCCUCUUCAAAAUGGACUUUUCCAAGAUCUGCGAAACCUUAACUCUCUGACCGUGGAGACUCACACAGAUACAGUCGCCAGUGAGGGAGUGUUCACGGGGUUAUCUAAACUCAGGCAUUUAGCACUCUCCGUGAAAAAUAUCAGCAAUCUACCCGAUCAUAUUUUUGAUUCUUUGACUUCAUUGGAACGUCUAGAGAUACAGGAACUCAGUGAUGAACAUACAUACAUACAUGUAGAAGAGGACCUAAAUACCACCAUGAGAAGAGUCCACAGCGGAAGUGGGUUCUUACAACGACGCCUGCUGUGGGCACCGCUGCACGACCUUAAAACAUUGAGUCUGUACUAUCUACCAAGAGCCAGUGACCACUACUUUGGACCUGUAUUUAGAAACAUGUCCAAGUUGGAGACUAUAGAAAUGUUUCCCUUCCCCUAUUUACAUAUGUUAAUGACCAUCAAUGUUGAAAUGUUCCGGCCGCUGUUACCGACUCUUAAACAUUUAAUCACUGCCGCCCCGAUAGCUCCCGGCCUGCUGAAGUCACUCACACAUCUGCAGACGCUGGACGUCACUUCUUCUCCAUAUCCCGUCAUUAUCGACGUUCUGUCGGAACUCCGACACACGCAGGUUCAGGAACUGUCAUUUUACCUGAGGGGAAUUGACAAUAUAACAUCUGAUACUCUAGCGGGAUUAAAAGGUCUGAAACAUUUGAAAACAUUACUUCUAAAGUUUAGCGACAUGAGGGCCAUACAAGCUAACGCCUUUGCGGGUUUGUCACAUUUACAAAGGCUGGAUCUGGCGUAUGUCGCCUCCGAGACGUUGACUUUACACGACAAGGCGUUCAGCGGACUGUCCUCACUCACUCAUCUUAACUUGACAGGUAACAGAAUUUCUACUUUACCACCAGACGUGUUUGAAGGACUGUCCUCGCUCACUCAUCUUAACUUGAGCUAUAACAACUUGCGAACCUCCCAAGCUCAGCUUCCAGAGACGUUGGACUAUCUUGAUCUCAGUUACAAUAAGCUACAUAACAGACACACAGGUCAACCACCAUGUGACAGCCCUUUAUCAUUUAACCUCAGUGGUUUAAAAAGCGUGAAUCAUCUGAAUUUGAAUCAUAAUGAAAUUGGAUAUGUUGACGCCGAUUGUCUACCUAGGAAUAUUACUGUGCUUGAUUUGCAGCACAACAACAUAGGAUCCGUGUAUAAUCCAUUCUGCUUUGCGAACUCGAGUUUACGGUAUCUCGACCUUUCUAACAAUGAAAUCCAUGCUUUUUAUCAAUAUGAUACACCAUGUGAGCAAUCAGUCUUAGAAACACUUAGGUUGGAUAACAACGCGAUAAUAGAUAAAUCACUAGCACUAUUAUCACUAGUACUAUGGCCCCGGAAUCAAGUAAUUUUGAAAAUGUUGACUCUUUCUCACAACCAAGUCCAGCGUAUUGAAACAGGACAAUUGGCAGGGUUUGACCAGCUGGAACAUCUGGAUCUCAGUCAUAACAUGAUCAACACCGUCAUGCCAUCCGCCUUCCGUGGACUAUCGCGGCUACAGUUCCUGGAUCUCGGUAACAACAAGAUACAGUACAUAACACAGAUGACAUUUGAAGGUUUAGGCAACCUUACACAUUUAAACCUGGCAGCCAACAAGAUAGCAGAGAUCGGGGACGCCUUUCAGCGUCUGUACGGGUUGAGGCACCUGAAUCUGAGCAGCAACAGGUUGGCUGUGUUUAAUCAAACCACAUUUGGUCCUGUUGUCUACCGGUUAGAGACUAUCGACAUUGCAGACAACCCGUUUCUAUGUGACUGUAAGUUACUGUGGUUUGUUGAGUGGGCCCUGGAUAAAUACGACAGGGUAGCGAACUUCCACAACCCCUAUCCCGACUUCGGUCGAGGGUACACAUGCUUGACUCCAGCUCAUCUGCGUGGAAGACGUUUGCCAGACGGGUUGACGCAGAAACAACACUCUAACGACAGACAGGAUCCAUCAGAACGAAAGUUCUUCGACAGAGACUGUAGUCAUGGAUUCCGGCCCAACCGCCUCCUGGCCUGUGUGCUCGCCUCGUCGGGCAUCUUCGUCGCCAUGACGACCAUUUUCCUGGUUGACUACCACAUCGGCCGUGUUCAGUACUACCUGUGGAUGUUGGACAAGUGGAGGAGACCGAAGAUUGGCGAAGUAAAGAACCAAGGGCCGCCCAGAUACACGCACGAUGCUUUUCUUGCCUACAACAACCGGGACGUCGGGUGGGUUAUAAGGCAAGCGAUAGAGAAUCUGGAACCUGACUACAGUCUGGUCUUACACGAAAGGGACUUUGCAGUGGGCGCUCCCAUUGUGGAAAACAUCGCGGAUGCCGUGGAAAACAGCCGGAGAACCGUCUGCCUCAUCACCAGGCACUUCCUGAAGAGUAAGUGGUGCGAGUACGAGUUCCAGCUGGCCCAGUACCACAUGUUUGAGGAGGGGGGAGGGAGGCGUCUCAUCCUGGUGUUUCUGGAGAGGAUUCCUAACGAAAUGCUUAAACAGUUCCGCCAUCUGAACGCCGUAGUAAAGAGGGACACGUACCUGAUGUGGCCACACGACGUGCGGAAAAGGCCGCUGUUCUGGGGGCGGCUGCGAGACGCUCUGGGCGAUCCUCUACCCCGGGACCCAGAGCCUCAGCAGCAGGCACAAGCCCCGGAACGGAACAUUCCGGAACAACAGGCACGUGAUCCGGAACGGAACAUUCCGGAACAGGAGCCACAAGCUCUGGAACGGAACAUUCCGGAGCAACAAGCUCCGGGACGGAACAUUCAGGAAGAGCCGGUACGGAACAUUCCGGAGCAGCAAGAACAGGCUCCAGCAAGGAACAUUGUGGAAGUGCAGGUCCAUGCCCCCGUGCGGAACAUUCCGGAACUUCAGGUUGAAAUAGCCCCAGAUCCAGACGACCAGUGGUUCGGAGAUGGGGAUGACUUGCCUCUUAUACCGCUGUAGAUCAAGAUCAAGUUUACUGUGUCAACAGAAUGUUGUUUUUGGGUGGGCGUUUUUUUUUGUUUUCUUUGGAAAAUGCAUGUUGAUUUUUCCGUAAAGUCAUAU